CGCGCGUUCGACUUCAGCAAGCACGCCGCGCGCAAGAUCGCCCUGCACGUGUGCUACCUGGGAUGGGAUUAUCACGGUUUCGCGAGCCAGGGCGCGGCGAACGCGGCGGCGCCGCGGACGGUGGAACAGGCGCUGUUCGACGCGUUGGCGAAGACGAAGCUCGUGGAGAGCGCGCGCGACGUGUUCAAAGUCGCGGAUUACGCGCGGUGCGGUCGCACCGAUCGCGGAGUGUCGGGAUUGGGACAAAUUGUGACGCUGCGCGCGCGCUCGAACGGGGCGGAAGGCGUGGAUGAGGAAUUAGAUUACGUGGCGCUGCUGAACCGCGCGCUGCCGAACGACGUGCGAGCGUUGGGAUGGGCGCCGGUGGAUGAUGAGUUGAACGCCCGGUUCGAUUGCGAGUGGCGCCAGUACAAAUACUUCUUUGAAAAGACGAAUGGAUUAGACUUGGGCGCCAUGCGCGAGGCCGCGCGCGCGUUUGAGGGUGUGCACGAUUUUAGAAACUUUUGUCGCAUGGACGCGGAAAACGUAAAGAGUUUCACGCGAAACGUGCUCGAGUGCACGAUCGAGGAGUCGCACGAUGGAAAACUGAUGUACAUCAACGUUCGAGGCACCGCAUUCUUGUGGCAUCAAGUGCGGUGCAUGGCGUCUGUGUUAUUUAUGGUUGGUCUCGGUCACGAAUCUCCGACCGUCGUGACCGAGUUGCUCGAUCUCGAACGCACGCCGAGAAAGCCGCAGUACCCGAUGGCGCCCGAGCACGCGCUUUUACUUUGG